ACAAAGCUCCAUGUGCAAGAGCAGAAAACAACGGGGCGCUCAAAGUUUUCUUUUUCUACUUUUAGAGAGCUUAACAGCAUAAAAACAUAAAUUUAAUGAACCCAAGUUGACUACUAAGCUGUUGGAUUUGAUUGUGUGUGAAAAUAUUAAAGAAGAUCAGCGAAAUAAAAGGAAAGAGGAGAAAAGACGAAGCCGGUGUUUAAAAAUUAAAGUCCGAAGGAUCCGCAGGAGGAUGUUUGGUGGUACGUCUGCAGUGUGAAAGAGGAAAAAGAUGGAGGAAGAGCGAGCAGAGAGGAGGGAGGAGGAGGAGAGGGGAGACGUUAUUGAAGAGGAGGAAGACAGAAGUAUACAAACUCCAUCCAGGACCAGAGAAGAAGAUGAAGAAGAGGAAGAGGAGGAAGAGAUGAUGAAGACUGACGCCAAAGUCAAAUCAAGGAGGCAUCUGAUUGGUGGUCACACUCCUAUCUCUGCCUCCUCCUCUUUCACCUCCUCUCCUUUCCUCUCCUCCUCUCUCUGCAGAGGAAGAGGAGGAGAGGAAGACGACGAAGUCAGAGUGUCCAUCGUCACCAUUGAGGAUGAGUCUUGUCCCUCUGAGCCGUUUGGCACUGCUCACAUGGAAACGACCAAUGAGAUCACACGGUCGGAGGAGGAAGGAGGCAAGAAGAAGGAAGUGCGCAAAGGAGAGGAGGAGAAGAUAAAAGAGGAAGAGGAGGAGGCAAAAAGUGAUGAAAAAGAGGAGACAGAAGAGGAGGAAGAGAUGACAUCACCAUUGAUUCACCUGCAGAGUCAGAUGAAGAGGAAGCUGGAUCAUGGUCCAGAUGGGCGGCCGUUCCCAUCGGGGAAGAAACAUUGCAAAGGCAACGGAUACCUCAGUCCCUCCAGUCUGGUUCAAGCCACACCCACCACAUUUGGAGACCUGAGGCUAGCCAAUGGGCAUUCAGCUCAGCGGCGGCGUGUCACCUCAGGCCCACCUCCCUCUGGUCUACAGGACUGGCUUCAUACCUUUCAGGCAUGGAGCGGUCCUGAAAGGCUAUUGGCUCUGGACGAGUUGAUUGACAGGUGCGAGACCAGUCAGGUGAAGCAUAUGAUGCAGGUGAUCGAGCCGCAGUUCCAGAGAGACUUCAUAUCCCUGCUGCCCAAAGAGUUGGCCCUCUAUGUGCUGACCUUCCUCGCUCCCAGAGAUCUGCUGCAGGCCGCUCAGACCUGCAGGUACUGGAGGAUCCUGGCUGAGGACAACCUGCUGUGGAGGGAAAAGUGCCGCGAGGAAGGUGUAUCAGAGUGUGUGUCCUUACGGCGCAGGAAGUGUGUGCGACCGGGUGUGGCGGCCAGUCCGUGGAAAUCAGCCUACAUCCGACAACACCGCAUAGAGAACAACUGGAGGAAGGGCGACGACCGGGAGCCAAUGGUGCUGAAAGGCCAUGAUGACCACGUGAUCACCUGUCUCCAGUUCAGUGGCGACCUGAUUGUCAGCGGCUCAGACGACAACACGCUCAAAGUGUGGUCGGCCAUUACUGGAAAGUGUCUGCGGACGUUGACGGGUCACACCGGCGGCGUGUGGUGCAGUCAGAUGGCAGUCGCCACGGUGAUCAGCGGCUCCACUGACCGGACGCUGCGUGUGUGGGACGCAGAGAGCGGCGAGUGUGUGCACACGCUGUACGGGCACACGUCUACGGUGCGCUGCAUGCAUCUCCACGGCAACCGGGUGGUGUCAGGCUCUCGGGACACGACGCUGCGAGUGUGGGAUGUCUCUACGGGUCGCUGCGAGCACGUGCUGACGGGUCACGUGGCAGCGGUGCGCUGUGUUCAGUAUGAUGGGCGCCGCGUGGUGUCAGGCGGAUACGACUACAUGGUGAAGGUGUGGGAUCCCGAGACGGAGGCAUGUCUGCAUACGCUGCAGGGACACACGAACAGAGUUUACUCAUUGCAGUUUGAUGGUGCAUUUGUUGUGAGCGGCUCUUUGGACACUUCGAUCAGAGUCUGGGAUGCAGAGACAGGUGGGUGUGUCCACACGCUAACAGGUCACCAAUCUCUGACCAGUGGCAUGGAGCUGCGUGACAACAUCCUGGUGUCUGGAAACGCUGAUUCUACGGUACGAGUGUGGGAUGUCCGGACGGGACAGUGUCUCCACACGCUGCAAGGUCCAAACAAACACCAGUCAGCAGUGACGUGUCUUCAGUUCUGCAGAGGUCUGGUUCUGUCCAGCUCAGAUGACGGGACAGUCAAACUCUGGGACCUGAAGACUGGAGCCUGGCUGAGGGACGUGGUGGCACUGCACAGCCGAGGAUCAGGUGGUGUCGUUUGGCGAAUCAGAGCGUCCGACACCAGGCUGGUGUGCGCCGCCGGCAGCAGAAACGGGACAGAGGAGACCAAACUACUGGUUCUGGACUUCGACCUUGACGAGGCGAGGAAAGAGAGUGACUGAAGUGGACGCAUCAUCAGAGGAAAUAACACCUCCAUGGAAAAAGAACUGGAGUUCCAAAAAGAAUGGGACGUUUUUUGACCAAAGUGAAAUGUGGAUUUUACAAACACCCAGUCAUCGUACAGAGAGGAAGUGUGAUUGGUCGAUGAUUUUCUAAUUCAUAGCUUUCAUGUGACGUCACAAAGUCAUGGAACUGCAACCCAGAUGGCAAGGAAGUCUUCCUACUGCUGCACACUGUAGAGAAGUUGAUAGUCUGGGUUGACACCUACGUGUUUUAACCAGCUUUGAUUUUCAUUUUUGGAGGUAAAGAAAACUGUUCAACUGGAGGCACUGCCUUAAGAACACCAUCAGAGAAAGAAAACUCAGAGAGGAGCAAAUAUUUGAUACAGAAUUUAAAUAUCAGAGAAUGAAAAUACCCAGUGCCUCAGCGCCACCUAGUGUUGAAUGACAACUGCCGCUGUUUUGGCUCCCUUGUGCUCUCUGGGCUUUUGUGCAGUCCAAUGACUGAAAAAUAUGAAUUAUAACAUACCGGAAGAAUGUCCCCCAACAGUCACACGGACAGGAAUGAAUGUGACAUAAGUCCUCAUAAUGUUUGCUGAUUUGAUCGGUCCCCUCUUGUCACAUGAACAGGAACAAAUGUGGAACGCCCUGAUUGGCUGUGCUAAUUUGAUGGUCCCCAAAUCACUACAUGGACCAGAACGAAUGUGACACAACUGGUCCUUUUAAGGCCGCAUAGACAGGAAUGAAUGUCUUUUUUAUGGUCCCUAAUCGUCACAUAAACAGGAGAGAAUGUUACCAACGUCCUGUUUGGCUGGAGGAGAAACGGAUGCUUUCAGAGAGAGAACAAAUACAUCAUGGACACCAAAUACGGAUGAUUAAAAAAAAAAUUAAAGCUGACAUGGACGCAAAGCAAGAUGGCUGCCACAGUGAAGCUGGAUUAAUAACGUAAACGGGGUCUUAUGGCGAGACAGAUGAAUGUUUUCUGACUCUUUCUGACAGAGACAAGAGAACGUUGAUAGAUGGACUGGAGGAAAAUACGUUUAUGGUUGACGGGCAUUGACUCACUUUGCUGCUGAACCAAUGAGGAAGUCAAUGUUCCUGAUAGAAACCAAUCAAACUGAACCAAAUGUUGACGGUCGGAGACAUGGAGCAACUUUUGAGGCAAUGAAGACGGGCACAAACCAAACCUCAUACUCAGUAUUCUUUUGAUCCACGUCUGAUUGUGUCCUGUUUUGUCUUUUUUCUCCUCAGUUGCCAGUGAAGUUGCUGGUGUUGUUGCCUCUAAAAGUUGCUGGCGUGUUUCAGCCGUGCAGUACUGUAACAUAUGUAGAGUUUGGAGAGGAGAAGCGUAAUCUUCACUGUUGAGAUGUGGAAAUCAGCCGGCGAAUUUUGGGAACCCAGACGGAAGCAGAGCCUCACACCUGAGAGUCAGAGUUCCACUCACUUUGAAUCAAGAUUGGAAAAACAGCAGAGGAGGAUUAAAAGUGACCUUUACAAACCCUGACACAUUAACUGUGCUCUGAAUCACUCACAGGCCCACACUUUAAAGAUUUAUGCUGCGAUUUUUGCUCGUAAUGCAAAUCCUCUGGCUGCCUGUUCCUGCCAAAAGUAAAAUUAAAAGCAGAAAUGUGGCGAUCACUUUUAAUAGCUGCUUGGCUCCAGCAGUAGAGGACAUUCACAGAGAGGCUGCGGUCCAUUUAGCUGCUAGGACUAUUUUAAAUAUCUGCAGUGAAUUAAAGACCUUAAAGGGUUCACUGAACGCUAAACAACUCUCAGAAUCAACAGGUUUAAAUGAGACUUUUUCAAAUUCAGAAUUAUUUUUUCCAUUUCUGCAAACAUGCUUAAGAAAGAGGGUUUUCAAGGUUAAUCGCAUUAACCACUAUCAAUUAAGGUCCACAAUUAGAACACUAUUGUUUUUUAAUUGUGAUUAAUCUUGUGAUUUAUUAAGCAACAUUGGCGUCUCUGUAGCCGAAGAGAUGCUCCCUAAUUUCUCAUUUCAUUUUUGGGCAAAUCAAAAGUCAUCUGAACAUUGUGUUAUGAAAUAUUUACCUUUCUACUGUCCCUUAUUUCCUAUCCAAUCCAUAAAAAACUCCUUUUUUCUGUUGUUUGUGUGGAAAAUGUCAAUCUACCUCUAAAAGCUGGUCCAAAGAGGACGUCUGUUACCUUAAGUUUAAAACUGAGUAGAUCAAAAAUGACACAAAAAGUGGAAUUUUAAAAUGCAGUGGAAUUGAUGCAAUUAAUUAUGAUUAACUACAACAAUUCUGAGAUUAGUUGCAAUUGUUUUAUGUCUUUGUCAGCCUUAAUAAAGAUAUGUAAGACUUGAUUUAAAGGCAAGUUAAAUCAACUUAAUUCACUCUUUAACCUUAAUUUUUUUCCAUACAGUAAGGACCUUCUUUACCUUAAUUCCUGACCUGAUUUCAUCAUAAAUCAGCUUAAAUAUUGAGGAAAAUUAAAAUCAAAAACUCGAAAAUAACAGCAAAGUCACUUAGGUGUGGUUUUCAAACCCCGUAGACCACUUAGAUGUUAAAAUCUGAACACUAAAAUACUUAAAAAGCUAAAUUUUCUAUGUAGUUAUUGAUUAUCAAAGAAGUCCUAUUUAGUAUUUUCACUUUAGAAUACUUUGUUUUGAUCUUUGCCAUUUGUUUUCUGAUUUUUUUGUAGUUUUUUUAUUAAGAAAAUAUUUUUCGAAUUUAAAUAUUGAGUAUAUUAUUCAAAACGAAUGAAGCUGCUAUCAGAUGCUAACAGAUUAGCAUUCCCUAUUCAUAAUAAUCCCUAAUCUGAAUAAACAUCAUCAUUCUGUAGACAGCGCCUCCCAUAGGAAAACCUCCCGUUUAUUUACUUUAAAGCGGGUUUGAUUAUCAGCGGAAAAGUCGUAACCGUCUAAUGUAGACUAACCACGAGCUAAAUGAUGGUGUAUUCUCCCAUAGAAGUCAAAUUUUAUGUAAUAUCAACCUCAUUUAAAGAAAAUCAGGGUUUAUUUGUGAUAUAGAGGAAAAGAACUACACUACCCACAAUCCCCGAGUGUUAGAGUGAUAAAGCAGUGCAUGCUUCAAAAGUAUAUACACUAUGUGAAACACUAUAAAUACAAAAACUACAAGAUAUUUAUCAACAAUUAAAACACUACAGUGUAGAUAAAUGUGAGAAAAAAUGUCCAUGUAUGUUUUAAAAGUUGGCAGAGCUAUUAUCCACUUUGAAUCAGAAGGGAUUGUGGGGGAUGUAGUUCCUCUACUGCUGAACUCAGCCUCUUCCCUUUCUCUGUUGAAUCAAAUGUUUUACAGUCCUGUGUGUUGAGGAGCUGGUCGGCCUUAAAAGUAUAGAUAAAGGAAAAUGAACCUCCCGUCCCAGAGCUGCUACUCACUCUUCACCACUGAUUAUUUCAUGACUUUCACAACUAAAAAAAAGAAAAGCACAAUUUGAUCAUUUUGUCCUCUCUGAGCUUCCAUAGACUCUAUUUCUUUAUUCAAAGUCUAGAUCUUCAAAGUUACCCCUAAGCUCGUGAAAUAUUUACAAAACAAUAUAUAAAUAAUAAAAACUAACUCCCGUUAGAUAUUAAUCUGAUAAGCUGUUGUUGCCAGGCAACACCUCCAGCCAAUAAGCAGAGAUUUGGGUGAUGUUUCCCCCGGCAACAAGUGGUAUUUCAGUCUCUUUUGACAGAGACACUGACCUUUCCAGGUGUGAGGCUCUGUUGUCAUCGUGUAAAAUAGUGUAAAUAAAAAAAGAGGAUGUAAAUAUUCAGCUUUUUUAUAAAAGAAACAGAAAAUAUUCAUGAUGGAGAAAAAGAUGGGGGAUGAAACAGAUCAAUAAAGAUGACUUUUAUAAAAUA